AUGGUAGGCGUUGACUUGGAGAUUGAUGAAAGCAAAUUAUGGGACCCAGCAGAACGUCAGGCCUAUAUGGAAGCAUUACCAGAUAUGACAUUAUUUGAGGAUCAUGUGGUCGAGGGAGAUGAAAUGGUAGAAGCUAUACAGGCGCUAAUUGAGGACGGGGAAACAGCGGAGAGUCUCGCGCUGCAUUGGAAAAACCAAGGGAACAGUAUGUUUUCAGAUGCUAAGAAAGCGCAUCGAGGCUACUUCCAGAAUGCUAUAAAGUUCUACAAUGAUGCACUAAUAUACGCGUACAAGGCGUUAGCAUUACCCGAGGAAGAGCGCGACCUUUCGUACGACAUGAAGCAACUUGCAUCGCAGAUUUUAAGUAAUCGUGCGGCUGUGCAUUUGGAGCUCAAAAAUUAUGCAAGUUGUCGUUCUGAUGCUGCCAAAGCUGUUAGCUUUGAUCCUUCUAAUGUCAAAGCCUAUUUUCGGGGUGCCAAGGCCUCAAGUAUUCUGCGCAAGCCGGCGGAUACGCUGCGCUACUGCGAGGAAGGACUUAAGUGCGAUCCAGAGAACAAAUUGCUGCUGAAGCUGCAAACAGAGGGUAAGAAACUGCUGGAGGAAAUGCAUGUGGAGAAGCUGCAGCGUGAGAGAGAAAGAAUGAAUCGGCGUGCUGCCACCGACAAAUAUCGCAAGUUGUGCGCAGCUCGUGGUAUCCGUGUGGGCCGAGCUGUGGUGGACGAUGAGCGCGUGCGUCAAUAUGAAGGCAAGGCUGACUUGGAUCCCGAAAGCGGCAGCAUGUACUGGCCUGUGCUUUUUCUUUACGACCAGCACGGCACGUCGGACUUUGUGCAGUACUUUGGCGAACAGGACAGUAUGAUCGAGCAUCUGGCCAACAUGUUUCCCGAAGACGGUCCGUAUGCCGAUUGGGACACCAACAAUGAGUUUGUGGCGUCCAAUCUAGUUAUGUAUGCUGCAGCGAAUAUGGUGCUACCAUUUUCAUCUCCUAAGGAAUGGCAUCUGGGUCUUAGUAAUGAAAAAGAGGACGACGAUGACGAAGUGAAGCGUAUCCGUCUCGAGGAGAAGCACGAGGCCAAGACGCAAUUUUGGAUUGAGGUAUCGCUCUUUUGUACACUCCAGCAGCUGCUAACACAUGAGAAAUAUGUGGUACCUGGCAUUCCUGUGCUUCAUAUUUUUGUACGUGGCUCAAAUGCUCUCAAUAAGUUUCUAACACGCAUUGAGCGUAAGAUUAUUACAUUAGACGCGGAGCAGCGGUUUAAGUAG